CGCUCUCCCGCAGCCGCCGCGUUGCCCGGCUAACAAAGGGGGCCGGGGGAGGAGCCGCGCGGGCCGGAGGAGGGGCGGCGGCUCGCAGGAAAGUUGUGGCUUCGGCGGCGGCGCCGCGGGACGGGAGGAGCCGCGCGGAGGGAAGCGGAGCCGCUCCCGCCGCCGAGUCCGAGCGGUGCUGAGUCGGGACCCAUGGGAGCCUCCAGGCGGAGGGCUUAGCAGCGCCGGCAGCGGAGCCGCAGCGCGGAGGCAUGGCCCGCCUCGCCCCGCCCGAGGAGGGGGCCGCCGCGACGCACGGAGAGUUCGGAGACAUCAUCAAGUCCCGCUCCGAUGAACACAAUGAUGUACAGAAAAAGACGUUUACGAAAUGGAUAAAUGCUCGGUUUUCCAAGAGUGGGACACCCCCAGUCAAGGACAUGUUCACAGAUCUGAAAGAUGGAAGGAAGCUUUUGGACCUUUUGGAAGGUCUGACAGGGAAACCUCUGCCUAAAGAACGAGGUUCCACCAGAGUACAUGCCUUAAAUAAUGUCAACCGAGUACUGCAAGUCUUACAUCAAAACAAUGUAGAGUUGGUGAAUAUAGGGGGAACUGACAUCGUUGAUGGAAAUCACAAGCUGACACUGGGGCUUCUGUGGAGCAUUAUCUUGCAUUGGCAGGUGAAGGAUGUCAUGAAGAAUAUCAUGUCAGAUUUGCAGCAGACCAACAGUGAGAAAAUCCUGUUGAGCUGGGUUCGGCAGUCCUCAAGACCUUACAGUCAAGUCAAUGUUUUGAACUUCACAACGAGCUGGGCAGAUGGACUUGCUUUUAAUGCUGUCAUCCACAGACACAAACCUGAGUUCUUCAGCUGGGAUAAAGUUAUAAUGAUGUCUCCAAUUGAGAGACUGGAACAUGCUUUCAGCAUAGCCAAAAACCACCUGGGAAUUGAGAAACUGUUGGAUCCUGAAGAUGUUGCUGUACCACUUCCAGACAAAAAGUCCAUUAUUAUGUAUUUAACAUCUUUGUUUGAGGUCCUUCCUAAGCAAGUCACCAUGGAAGACAUUCGGGAAGUGGAGACCCUUCCAAGGAGAUUCAAGCAGGAAUGUGAAGAUGGAGAAUUCAGCUUGAAGCAGGCUGUAGCACUUGAAGAGGAGCAGAGCAGUUCUAGAGCAGAGACCCCCAGCACAGUGACAGAGGUGGAUAUGGACUUGGAUAGCUACCAAGUUGCUCUGGAAGAAGUCCUCACGUGGUUGCUGUCAGCUGAAGAUGCAUUUCGGGAACAGGAAGAAAUAUCUGGUGAUGUUGAAGAAGUCAAAGAGCAAUUUGCCACCCAUGAAGCUUUUAUGAUGGAACUGACCGCACACCAAAGCAGUGUGGGCAGUGUCCUGCAGGCUGGGAACCAGCUGGUGGCACAGGGCAAUCUGUCACCUGAAGAGGAGUUUGAGAUUCAGGAACAAAUGCUGCUGCUGAACUCCCGCUGGGAGGAGCUCAGGGUGGAGAGCAUGGACAGGCAGUCCCGCCUGCAUGACAUGCUGAUGGAGCUACAGAAGAAGCAGUUGCAGCAGCUGUCUGACUGGCUGACAGUUACAGAAGAACGCAUUCAGAAGAUGGAAUCUCAACUUUUAGCUGAUGAUUUAGUGGCCCUUCAGAAACAGCUAGAAGAACACAAAAGCUUGCAGAAUGACCUGGAGGCAGAACAAGUGAAAGUAAACUCUCUAACGCACAUGGUUGUCAUUGUUGAUGAAAGCAGUGGGGAGAGUGCAACAGCUAUUCUGGAGGAACAAUUGCAGAAGCUGGGUGAGCGGUGGACAGCAGUUUGUCGCUGGACUGAGGAAAGACGACUCAAAUUGCAAGAAAUUCAGCUCUUAUGGCAGGAGCUGCUAGAAGAGCAGUGCUUAUUGAACGCUUGGUUAACUGAGAAAGAAGAUGCCUUAAGUAAGGUCCAGACAAGCAACUUCAGAGACCAAAUAGAUCUGAGCGUGAAUGUUCGAAAACUAGCAAUUUUGAAAGAGGACAUGGGUAUGAAACGGCAGACGCUAGACCAGCUGAAUGAGCUGGGUCAGGAUGUGGCCCAAAUACUUGGAAAUAGCAGAGCAUCCAAUCAAAUUGACCAUGAUCAAGAGGAACUAACUCAGAGGUGGGACAGUUUGGUUCAGAAGCUAGAAGAUUACUCUAACCAGGUAACUCAAGCUGUAGGAAGUGUAGGGAUGUCACAGAUUUCACAGAAGACUUCUGCAGAAACAAUGUCAUUAAAAGAAAAGGUGGUGGUAAGAGAAUCCAGGCAGGAAUCACCUCCACCACCACCUCCAAAGAAAAGGCAAAUCCCAGGGGAUAAUGAAGCAAAGAAACAGUUUGAUGCUGAAAGUGCUGAGCUGUUGAAUUGGAUUUCAAAAUCAAAAGCUGCCAUUCAGGCCACAGACAUCAAAGAGUACAAGAAGAUGAGAGAGACUUCAAGCGUGAAAGAAAAGUUAAAGGUGAUAGAAAAAGAGAAGGUUGAAAAAAGCCAAAAGCUAGAUGAUCUGAAGCGAAAUGGACAUAUUCUUUUGGAUCAAAUGGGAAAAGAGGGACUUCCUGCAGUUGAUUUAAAAAACCUGAUGGAGAAAAUAUUGUCAGGAUGGAAAGAAGUGGUUCAGCUUCUAGAAGAAUUGGCCAGAAAGAUAAAGUACCAGGAAGAUAUAAAUGCAUACUUUAAAGAAAUGAAUGAGCUUGAGAAGAUUAUAGCUGAAAAGGAGAGCUGGCUUAAAAAUGAUUCUUCAGCGUCCCAGCCCUCAGCAGUCCUGAAGGAUUUGUGUCAGAAGGAGUUAACUUAUCUUGUAAGCUUGAGUCCACGAUUGGAACACCUGAAAGCUACCUGCAAGGUGCUCACAUCUCAGUCUGUGCCUCCAAACUUCAUUCAAGAGAGCUUGAAUGCUUUUCUUGAUCGCUUCAAGUUGACUUGCCAGAAACUAGAUGAACGUCACCAGCAGCUGAAGAAAGAGACAGAAAGCCUGCCUAGCCAGGACUUCUUAGGCUCUCUGCAGAGGCUGAAGGAUGUGCUGAGCGAGGUGGAGUGCAAGCAGCAGGCAAUUGCAAGUGGGCUGAGUGACCCUAGUAAGGUUGAAAAAGCCUUGCAGCAGACAAAGACUGUUUGUGAGACACUGGAAGCCCAGAAGCCCAGGGUAGAUAAACUUGCUGAAGAAACAAAGGCUUUGGAGAAACAGUCUUCUGAUAGGACAAAGGUCUACACACAACAGUUCAGGCACAUGCAAGGACACUGGGACAAGUUAAGGCUCAAGAUUUCCAAAGAUGUUAAACUACUGGAAGGAGUUACAUCCAAGUUGAGAUUAUUUGAGACUAAUUCAAAAGUUGUUCAGAAGUGGAUGGAUGGCGUGAAAGGCUUCUUACUGACAGAAAAGGCUGCUCAAGGAGAUACUGAAGGACUUCAAAGACAGCUUGACCAGUGCACAAUUUUUGUUAAUGAAAUGGAGAAGAUUGAGCCUUCACUGAAAGAGAUGAAAGAACUAGAGUCAGCUUUAAGAAGUCAGUCUAUUGCAGGCAUAAAUACUUGGGCAAAAUCUAGGCUAGUAGACUGCCAGACGCAAUGGGAGAAGCUGAGCAAACAGAUCAUUAGUCAGAAAAAUCGCCUGUCUGAAAGUCAGGAAAAAGCUGUAAAUCUGAAGAAGGAUUUGGCAGAGAUGCAAGAAUGGAUGACCCAAGCUGAAGAAGAAUAUUUGGAGAAGGAUUUUGAAUACAAGUCCCCUGAAGAGUUAGAGAAUGCUGUGGAGGAAAUGAAGAGGGCAAAAGAGGAUGUGCUACAGAAGGAGGUGCGAGUGAAAAUUCUCAAGGACAACAUCAAGAUGUUGGCCACUAAAGUGCCAUCUGGAGGUCAGGAGCUGGCAACUGAGCUGAAUGUUGUGUUGGAGAACUACCAGCUACUGUGUAAUCGGAUCCGGGGGAAAUGCCACACUUUAGAGGAGGUGUGGUCCUGUUGGAUUGAGCUGCUUCAGUAUCUUGAUUUAGAAACAGCUUGGCUAAACACUCUAGAAGAAAGAGUGCAAAUGACAGAAAACCUGACUGAUAAGUUGGAUGUUGUCAAUGAUGCUCUUGAGUCUCUGGAAUCAGUCCUGCGUCAUCCAGCUGAUAAUCGAACCCAGAUUCGGGAACUCGGGCAGACAUUGAUUGAUGGAGGGAUUCUUGAUGAUAUCAUCAGUGAAAAAUUGGAGGCUUUCAAUGCCCGCUAUGAGGAAUUGAGUCAUUUGGCUGUGAGCCGACAGAUCGCCUUGGAACAGCAGCUUCAGACUAUGCGAGAAACUGAUCACAUGCUGCAGGUCUUGCAGGAAAACUUAGCAGAGCUGGAUAGACAACUGACAUCUUACCUGACUGAUAGGGUAGAUGCCUUUCAGAUGCCACAGGAGGCCCAGAAAAUUCAAGCUGAAAUUGCAGCUCAUGAGGCCACCUUAGAGGAGCUCAAGAAAAGUCCUCGCUCUUUCCCUCCUGCUUCUCCUGAAUGCAGAUCUCCCCGAGGUGGAACUCUGCUGGAUGUUUUGCAGAGAAAACUCCGUGAAGUGUCUACAAAGUAUCAGCUUUUUCAGAAACCAGCCAACUUUGAGCAGCGCAUGUUGGAUUGCAAGCGUGUGUUGGAAAGUGUAAAAGCAGAGCUUCAUGUCUUGGAUGUGAAGGAUACUGACCCAGAUGUAAUCCAAACUCAUCUGGACAAGUGCAUGAAACUCUAUAAAACCCUAAGUGAAGUAAAACUGGAAGUUGAAACUGUCAUCAAGACAGGAAGGCAAAUUGUACAAAAGCAACAGACAGAUAAUCCCAAAGGAAUGGAUGAACAACUGACAGCACUGAAAUUUCUUUACAAUGACCUCGGGGCACAGGUUACAGAAGGAAAGCAAGAUCUUGAACGAGCAUCCCAGCUGGCACGCAAAAUGAGGAAAGAGGCUGCCUCUUUGUCAGAGUGGCUAGCUACUACUGAGGCAGAGUUGGUGCAGAAGUCUGCUUCGGAGAGCUUGCUUUCUGACCUGGAUUCAGAAAUUGCCUGGGCUAAAAAUGUUCUGAGAGAGCUGGAGAGGAGAAAAGCUGAUCUGAAGAGUAUCACAGAAAGCUGCACCACACUCCAGGCUCUAGUGGAAGGGAGUGAGACUUCCCUGGAGGAGAAGCUCUGUGUUCUUAAUGCUGGCUGGAGCAGAGUUCGGACCUGGACCGAGGACUGGUGUGACACUUUGCUGAAUCAUCAGAGCCAGCUGGAAAUCUUUGAUGAAAAUGUUGCCCACAUAAGUACUUGGCUGUAUCAGGCUGAAGCCUUGCUGGAUGAGAUUGAGAAGAAGCCAGCAAGCAAAAAGGAGGAAACUGUGAAGCGUUUAACAUCUGAAUUGGAUGAUGUUAGUCUGCGUGUGGAUAACGUGCGUGAUCAGGCUGUCAUCCUAAUGAAUGGUCGAGGGGUGUCAUGCCGUGAGCUUGUUGAACCAAAGCUGGCAGAACUGAACCGUAACUUUGAGAAGGUUUCUCAGCACAUCAAAAGUGCCAAGAUGCUUGUUGGACAAGAACGACUCCCUGUCAUGCCGGAGCCCCGUGAAGUCAGAGUGGCUUUUCCAGACCUGGAAAAAUUUGAGAGUGACAUACAGAAUAUGUUAAAAGUCGUAGAAAAGCACCAGGAGCUGAGUGAGGAAGAUGAAAAGCUGGAUCAAGAAAGAGCUCAGAUUGAGGAGGUUUUACAGAGAGGAGGACAGCUGUUACAGCAGCCUAUGGAAGACAAUAAGAGAGAGAAGAUACGCAUGCAGCUGGUGCUUCUGCAGACAAAGUACAACAAUGUACAGGAAGGCAGGUCAUUUCAAAGGAGACAAGUGGUAGAACUCUCUCCAGCGUUUUCUCAGUAUAAUAAGGACCAUGACAAUCUAAUGAAGUGGCUGGAUGAGGCUGAACAUCGACUACCAGGACUGCAAGGAAUGGAGGGUGAACAAAAGCUGCAGGCAAUUGCUGUCCAGCAGAGGUUAAAAAGCCACUUCGCCACAGGAGUUAGGACUCUGCCUUUUUCAGCUGAAUACCUGGUUGAAAUCAACAAGGUCUUACUUGCCAUGGCUGAUGUUGAGCUGUUGCUGAAUGCACCUGAACUAAAUACUGGCAUCUAUGAGGAUUUUUCAACUCAGGAGGAUGCACUGAAGAAUGUAAAAGAUAUUUUGGAUAAACUAGGGGAUCAGAUUGCAGUCAUACAUGAGAAGCAGCCUGAUGUUAUACUGGAAGCAUCUGGGCCUGAAGCAAUACAGAUAGGAGAUGCACUAACCCAGCUGAAUGCAGAGUGGGACAGAAUUAAUAGAAUGUACAAUGAUCGUAAAUGUUCCUUUGAUAGAGCAAUUGAAGCAUGGAGGCAGUUCCACUGUGAUCUCAAUGACCUCUCUCAGUGGAUAACAGAAGCCGAAGGGUUAUUAGCUGAUGCCCGUGGUCCAGAUGGUAGCCUGGAUCUGCAGACAGCUGGGCUGCAUCAGCAGGAACUUGAAGAAGGAGUACACAGCCAUCAGAGCAGUGUUUUGGCAUUGAACAGAACUGGGGAAGGGAUCAUACAGAAACUCUCUGCUACAGAUGGGAGCUUCCUGCAGGAGAAGCUGGCAGGACUGAAUAGGCACUGGAAAGCAAUCACUGCUGAGGUCAUGGAUAGACAGCUGAGGCUAAAGGGAGAGAAUCAGCAGCUGAUAGAUUACAGAAAAAAGCUUGAUGAACUGCGUUGCUGGUUGGAAAAUGCAGAAAAUGUUCUGGACAUGAGAUUUACAUUCAACCAUGAAGAAAAUUUACGAGAAUUACAGGUCUUAAGUGAAGAGAUGGAAGUACAGGGAGACAAACUGGAAUGGUUGAACAGAACUGAACCUGAAGUUAUUCUGGAUAAAAAUGUUGAUCUUCAGGAAAAAAACAAGCUUUCUGAUAGCCUGCAGUCCCUCAAUGUGAGGUGGAAUAAGGUGUUCAGAGAAGUGCCUGACAGAGUGAGACAACUGGAGGCUUUUAUUGGGCAGCCUCACCUUGUUGCACAGGCAAAGCCUUCUGAUGUCCAAAAGGUGGUGCUAGUAUCUUCUUCAUUGGAAAUUCCUGUUCAGACACAGCAUGCUUUGGAACUUUCUGCACCUGCUGAUUUGGAUAAAACUACAACUGAGCUGGCUGAAUGGUUGGUAUUGAUUGACCAGAUGCUCAAGUCAAACAUAGUCACCGUGGGAAAUGCUGAAGAUAUCAACCGGACUAUUGCACGAAUGAAAAUAACAAAGGCAGAUUUGGACCAACGGCACCCUCAGCUUGAUUCUGUUUUUACACUGGCUCAAAAUUUGAAAAAUAAAACUUCCAGUUCAGACGUUAGAACGGUGAUUACAGAAAAAUUGGAAAAAGUAAAGAACCAAUGGGAUAACACCCAGCAUGGUGUGGAGGUGCGGCAGCAGCAGCUGAAGUACAUGCUGUCAGACAGCAUACAGUGGGAUGAGCAGAGGAAAGAAAUGGAGCAUCUCAUGGAGCAGUGUGAGAUCCGUCUGCGUAUGCUUCAGCAGGCCCCAAAGGAGGUGCUUGUCAAACAGAUUUCAGAUAACAAGCUGUUAGUACACGAUUUGCAUAGGGGAGACAUCACAGUAGCUGCGUUCAAUGAUCUUUCUAAUAAACUUCUUCGAGAGUAUCGUGAGGAUGACACAAGGAGGGUGAAGGAAACCACUGACCAAAUGAACACUUGCUGGGUUAAUCUGAACCAAAGAGCUGUUGAUAGGCAGAAUAUCUUGGAGACAGAGCUGAAGACAGUACAGACCUCAUGCAAGGAUCUGGAAAGCUUCCUCAAGUGGCUUCAAGAGGCAGAGACAACAGUUAACGUUCUUGCAGAUGCUGCUCGGCGUGAGAACACAGCUCAGGAGAGUGCCUGUGUAAGGGAACUCAGAAAACAGAUGCAGGACAUCCAGGCAGAGAUUGAUGCCCACAAUGACAUCUUUAAAAGCAUUGAUGGAAACAGACAGAAAAUGGUGAAAGCCUUAGGAAACUCUGAGGAAGCUGCCCUGCUCCAGCACCGACUUGAUGACAUGAACCAGCGCUGGAAUGAUCUGAAGGUGAAGUCAGCUAAUAUCAGGGCUCACUUGGAGGCAAGUGCAGAGAAAUGGAACCGGUUGCUGACAUCCCUGGAAGAGUUAAUCAAAUGGCUGAAUACUAAAGACGAAGAACUAAAAAAGCAAAUGCCCAUCGGAGGGGAUGUUCCCACCUUACAGCAGCAGUAUGAUCACUGCAAAGCUCUGCGACGUGAACUGAAGGAUAAAGAGCAAACCAUUCUCAAUGCUGUUGACCAGGCACGAAUUUUCCUUGCUGACCAACCAAUUGAGGGGCCUGAGGAACCAAGAAGGAGCGUACAUUCAAAAACAGAGUUGACCCCUGAGGAGAAAGCCAUGAGGAUUGCCAAAGCUAUGCGUAAGCAGUCAUCAGAGGUAAAAGAGAAAUGGGAGAACCUAAAUGCCAGUGCCAGUAUCUGGCAGAAGCAAGUAGACAAAGCGUUGGAAAAACUGAAAGACUUGCAGUGUGCAAUGGAUGACCUCGAUGCUGACUUGAAGGAGGCUGAAAAUGUGAGGAAUGGCUGGAAACCUGUGGGAGACUUGCUUAUAGAUUCGUUACCAGAUCACAUUGAGAAAACUACAGCUUUUAGAGAAGAAAUUGCUCCCAUCAACUUGAAAGUUAAAACAGUGAAUGAUUUAUCCAGUCAGUUGUCUCCACUGGACCUUUAUCCAUCAUUAAAGAUGUCUCGUCAAUUAGAUGAUCUCAAUAUGCGAUGGAAACUUUUGCAGGUGUCUGUAGAGGAUCGCCUUAAACAGCUGCAAGAGGCACACCAUGAUUUUGGACCUGCAUCACAGCACUUUCUGUCCACCUCAGUGCAGUUUCCAUGGCAGAGAUCUGUUUCGCAUAACAAAGUGCCCUAUUAUAUCAAUCAUGAGACCCAGACAACUUGUUGGGAUCAUCCUAAAAUGACUGACCUUUUCCAGUCAUUAGCUGACUUGAACAAUGUACGCUUCUCAGCCUACCGUACAGCCAUCAAAAUCCGACGACUACAGAAAGCACUGUGCUUGGAUCUCUUGGAACUGAACACAACAACUGAAAUUUUCAAACAGCACAAGUUGAGUCAAAAUGACCAGCUCAUUGGUGUCCAGGAUGUGAUCAGCUGUCUUACUACCAUCUACAGUGGACUUGAAGAGAAACACAGUGAAAUGGUUAAUGUUCCUCUCUGUGUAGAUAUGUGUCUUAACUGGCUACUCAAUGUGUAUGAUAGUGGCCGAACUGGAAAAAUUCGAGUGCAGUCCCUGAAAAUUGGUUUGAUGUCUCUAUCUAAGGGCCUUCUGGAAGAGAAGUACAGAUAUCUCUUCAAGGAAGUGUCAGGUCCCACAGAAAUGUGCGACCAGAGGCAGCUUGGCUUGCUGCUGCAUGAUGCCAUCCAGAUCCCCCGGCAGCUGGGUGAGGUGGCGGCUUUUGGUGGCAGCAACAUUGAACCCAGCGUGCGCAGCUGCUUCCAGCAGAACCACAAUAAGCCAGAAAUUACUGUAAAACAAUUUAUAGAUUGGAUGCACUUAGAACCACAGUCUAUGGUAUGGCUACCAGUUCUGCACCGCGUGGCAGCUGCAGAAACAGCAAAACAUCAGGCCAAGUGCAACAUCUGCAAAGAAUGUCCAAUUGUUGGCUUCAGGUACCGGAGCUUAAAACAUUUCAACUAUGAUGUCUGUCAGAGCUGCUUCUUUUCUGGCCGUACAGCCAAGGGGCAUAAGUUGCAUUACCCAAUGGUGGAGUAUUGUAUACCAACAACAUCUGGGGAAGAUGUACGAGACUUCACCAAGGUGCUGAAGAACAAGUUCCGCUCAAAGAAGUAUUUUGCAAAACAUCCGCGUCUUGGCUAUCUGCCUGUGCAAACAGUUCUGGAGGGUGACAACCUGGAGACUCCUAUCACUCUCAUCAGUAUGUGGCCAGAGCAAUAUGACCCUUCUCAGUCUCCACAGCUAUUUCAUGAUGACACACACUCCAGGAUAGAGCAGUAUGCUACUAGGCUUGCACAAAUGGAAAGGACCAAUGGCUCCUUCCUCACAGACAGCAGUUCCACCACAGGAAGCGUAGAGGAUGAGCAUGCCCUUAUCCAGCAGUAUUGUCAGACACUGGGAGGAGAGUCACCCGUGAGUCAGCCACAGAGUCCUGCACAGAUACUGAAAUCAGUGGAAAAGGAAGAGCGAGGAGAGUUGGAGCGCAUCAUUGCUGACCUUGAGGAAGAACAAAGGAGUCUGCAGAUAGAAUAUGAGCAACUAAAAGAGCAACAUCUUCGGAGAGGAAUUAACCCUCUUGCAUCACCUCCUGACUCCAUUGUUUCACCUCAGCAUGCUCCCGAAGAUGCUGAGCUCAUUGCUGAAGCUAAGCUUCUGAGGCAACAUAAAGGUCGUCUGGAAGCAAGGAUGCAAAUUUUGGAAGAUCACAAUAAGCAAUUAGAGUCUCAGCUUCACCGACUGCGUCAGCUACUUGAGCAGCCUGAGUCAGACUCCCGGGUUAACGGUGCCUCCCCCUGCGCUUCACCCCAGCAUUCAGCCCUCGGCUACCAACUUGAUCAGGAGACAAGCUCACAGUUUCAUCAGGCAGAUGACUUGUUAGUUCCACCUCAUGAUACCAACACAGAUCUGACAGAUGUUAUGGAGCAAAUCAACAGCACGUUUCCAGCUUGCUGCUCAAGUUUCACUGGCAGACAACAGGCAAUGUGAAGUGCUCAUUUGGGCGUCCACCAGUGCUUCCUGACGUGCAGUACAGCCCUUUUCUACAAAACACCAAUUGCAAGUUCCACUCUAUCAGAAGUCUGCAUGGGACCUUGGAACAUGCUGUUUGCUUUGACUACGUGUUCUACUUGAAAUACUAAAACACUGAAUACCCAAAGAUGAGGAUAUUGUUUUUAUAUUAUAGGUUCUUUUUCUUCUUCCCUUUCUAUGCAACUGUAAAUUAAUGAGCAGUGGAGUAUUUGUCACUGAUUUGUAUAAAUAUACAGCCGCGGGAAAAGGGGCAUGGGCUUUAUAUACGUUCUUUUUGAUAAAGUGAACUGCAUAAGGAGUUUGGAGCAAAAUGUUACAUUUAUACAUUCCUUUCAGCUCUUUGCUUUUGCAUUGUAAAAUAUCCUCAGUUAUAUUCUCAUUCAUUUAAUAUUCUGUUCUGAUUAUUUAUAUGCUAACUAUCUGACCAGACACACUUCAGAAUUACCCUUGAUUUGUUUUCAGAAUUGGCGUGUGAAGUUCCCAUAAUGUGCAUUAUUGUUACUGUUUAACGCAAAUUGCCUCUAAGUGAAAGCUACAGUAUUUUAACUCCAUUAAACAAGAUAAUCUCUAAUUUCAAGUCAUAAUGAUUAUUAUGCACCAAAACGAUAUUUUAACAUUCUUUUAGUUGAUUCUAGCCAACACACUCCAUUUGGAGGAUUAUUUUUUAAGCUUUACUUUACUUUGAAUCAGGAGAUAGCUAAAAGAGGACUUAGGUGAUAGUUUAAGUUGUUUUUAGUAAGGUCUAAGUUAAUGUAAUCUUGCCCAAAUUUGUUUGGAGACAAAGCUUUGCUGUUCCUUGCUGUGCCAAACUUGUUUCAAGUUUUGGAAUAUACAGUCUGUGAACUAAAGCUCAUUUCCGUGAGAUCCCCUUUUGUUUAUUCAAACACACAAGUCUUUUAUCUGCCUCUUAGAAAUGAAGAGACAAUUAGAAAGCCUUUUCCAAUACUGUUGGUGAUAGAAUGUUUUCUUCAAAGCUGCAGCGCUCUUAGAUUGUAUCAUGUGGCAUUGUAAUCUUGCAACUCAUCUUUACCUUUGAGAUCCUUGAGAUUUAUGUACUUCAAGUAGGAAUAAUUAUGGGAAAGUUAUGUCACUGAUCAGCUGAUCUCUAGAUUUAAAACAAUCGUCAGAGUUUUUUAAUGCCUUCAUGGAGUUUACAAUGCUGCAUGGACACUUGCUUUCAUGUCAAGACAUACCUUUAAUUGGUAAAACUGCAUGCGAUAUAUGUCGUGUAGUGGAGAGAAUCUAAACUAUGUUGUUGUUGAUUAUUACUGAAGAAAAGAAGCCUCAAAAUGGUAUUGGAAGAGUUACAAAUUCUGUACUGCUACCAAAAGAUUCUAAAGGACAUUAAAACAAAGUCAGGAAUACCUAG